CUCCCUCCCUCCCUCCCGCAGCCCCCGCUGAACGCGCAGAUGCUGGCGCAGCGGCAGCGGGAGCUCUACAGCCAGCAGCACCGGCAGCGGCAGCUGAUGCAGCAGCGCGCGCUCCUCCUGCGCCAGCAGCAGCAGCAGCAGCAGCAGCAGCAGCAGCAGAGCUUCGGCAGCUCCGCCCUGGGCGCGCCGCGGCUGCCGCAGGGCGCGGCGCAGCAGUUCCCCUUCCCGCCCGGCUACGGUACGAGCAGCGGCGCCGGCGGCAGCUUCGGCGGCCCCGAGGCGCUGGGGAGCCGCGGGGCGCUGGGCGGCAGAGGGAUGAUGGCGGCGCCCUUCGGAGCCGGGAUGGGCCCGGGCGGCGUGCAGCAGAACCUCUUCCAGUACUCGGGGGCAGGGAUGGCGCCGCAGAGCGACCCGUCGGGAUUCGCGCCGGCGCUCAGCCCCGGCAGCCCCAUGAUGUCGCCGCAGCUGCCGCCGGCGCCGCCCGCGCCCGGCUACCAAUCGCCGGAGCUGAAAUCCUGGCAGGCCGGAGCCGUCGGGAACAACGGCGUUUUCGGGCCGGCGGGCGCGGCGGCUCCGCAGGGCAUGUACAACAACAUGAGCAUCACCGUCUCCAUGGCCGGCCCCGGCGUUCCCAGCGGGCCCGGCCCCGGCGGGCCCGGCCCCGGCUCCGGCGGCGUUCCCGGCCCCGGCGUGCCCGGCUCCGGCGGCGUUCCCGGCGGUCCCGGCAUGGGCGGCGGCAUGGGGUCCCUCCCCCACAAACCACCCCGGGAUUCCCGGAAAAUCCCCGACAGCAUCCAAGGAAAUCUUGGACGGCCCCGGCACGGCGGGAGCGGACCGCGCCGGAAGCGAACCGGCGCCACCCCCGUUUUCGGGCCGGCGGGCGCGGCGGCGCCGCAGGGCAUGUACAACAACAUGAGCAUCACCGUCUCCAUGGCCGGCCCCGGCGUUCCCAGCGGGUCAUCAAGGUGCCACCAGUGUUGGGUGGCGGAGGCGGCGCUGCGGCCGCCCGGGCUCUACUGCGGCCAGCUGGGCUCCGGCGAGCUGCUCAAGGCCGACGCCGACGGCGCCCAG